UGGAUUUUCAUUAUAAACCGCCUAAUACAUUACAAACACUAACAGUCCAAAUCACAAUUGUCAUCCCUAAAUUCGCGUCAUUAGCUACCCAUUGCGUAGGUCGUGUGUAAUAUACGUGAAACAGAAAGAUGGUGCGUCAGGGACGCGGAACUUGGCGUUGAACUCGCGCAUACGUUGUGCGCCACUGACGCGAAGCAGGACGGAUGUCAUUUGUGAUUUGGACUGUACCAGUACCUCAUAAUAACGUCAUCUUUACAUCAUGUCCCGUCAUUUUGAUCCAUUCAAAACUCUUCACUCUAAUCCUGAAUGCUCCCUGCAUUGUAUCAUGUAUGAUGAUGGUAUAUGUUCCCCAUGGAAGAUGUUCAUGCCAGACAUGGUGUGUCACUUUACGACGCCCUUUGACUUGUUGAGCUAUGAUACUUCAUUAAACUGUCACUUAACUUGAGUGAUGGCGCCAAACACACCGUGCAAUUCUGUGUAGGAAUAUCCUUUGUGUAUCACUGUAACCUUCAGCCUUUUUCUGUAGCGUUAGUGGUCAGAAUGAAUUCUUGAAUGGAUAAAAACGGUGGGAAAGGAUGUAAGGAUUCAUUUGAGGUAGGUUUAAAGAAAGUGCAGAAGAAAUUGUGAAAAAUAAGAGCAAUAUGCAAGAUUUCUCAACAUGCAAACUAUAGCUAUUUAGUGUCUUAAAGAGUGAAAAGAGCUGCCAACUAAAGAUUUGUCAUCAUACUGCUGCUGAGCUGAGAUGGUGCUCGAGUGGGUGAAGUGAAACAAUUCUUAAUUUCUGUGAGUGUUCUAUAAAGUCAAUUUAUGUCAAAAUGGAUGACAAUUUGCAACAGAGACAACGAAGUCCUACCUACAGAGAGAUGUGGUAUCCAGAUCAAGCAGCUGCAACCCCGAUCAUGUACUACCCACAAGGCCAUACCCCACCGAUACAGCAGCAGUAUCGGCAGGAGGAGUACCAACAAGUAAGACAGCCGAAUCAGCCUUAUUACGCUCAGAGUCAGAAACAGUUCCCAGCUGUGCCGCGCGGUGGCAAUCCCCAUGACAUGAGCAAACAGCCUAUGAGUACAACUGUCCCAAAUCCGGGGCAGGGUCCGAGUCAACAGAUGAUGUAUCAUCAACCUAACCCGAGAACGCCUCCGUUCUACCCACCCACCAGACCAACACAGCCACAGGGUAUUCCACAGCAGACGCAGCGCCAUGUGCGAAUGAGUGCCGGCCAAGGAGGACAGCCGCCGACCAUGUACCCGUAUCCUCAGACGAAUUUGGUUAUUUCUCAAACGGGAGGCUAUAUCGGCCAGCCACAAGCUACAAUGAUGAUGCAGGGCAGUCUACCGAUGCAGGCUUCCCCAGGCCAGUACAUGGGUGAGGACAUGAUGACUAUGUCUGGGGGGGCAACCAUAAUCUACCAGACCGGUCCUCGGCCGAACAUGCCACAGCAGUAUAUCAACACAUCUCAGCCGAAUCAAUUAAACAUGCAGCCACCGGUUGGGCAAACUUAUCAAACACAAGGACCAGUAACAUACUACAGCCCUCAAGGUCAACCACAAUACCACAUGGGUGCCCAGCCAAACCGACCGCCAUCUGCAUCGAGUAACUACGCUCCUCCGGCGCGGGAGAGAAAAGUGAUCAGGAUCACAGAUCCCAACUCUGGACAAGAUGUGACAGAUGAUUUAUUAGGUUCGGCCAAGAGUGCCAAGACGGGCACGCCUCCAUUGUCAUCAGGCCCGUCGAGUGCCAGAGCCACACCAGUCGUGGCACAACAAGCUGAAGACGAAGAGUCUUCUGAACUGUCUCAGGCUGAAGAAUCUGCACCGCCACAAUCACCAUCGCCACUGGCGCAGAGUAACAUCGCGGCACAGUUCGCAUCGCAAGUCGCCGCUACAUUGAAUUCCGAUACGCUGAGACCUGUACAACCUCAACCAACUGUGACAAAACCUGAAUCUGAACAAUUGGGCGAGGAAACGCCGCAGGUAGAAACUGAUGUGAAUUCUGAACUGGAUUCUAAAUCUAAUCAAGAGAAACAGGAUGUGAACUCUAUACCUGAACCAGCACCUAGUGUUGUCGUUCCUGCUGCGGUAGAAACACCGGAAACGGUCGCCGAGGAGGCAGUGAAAACGGACACGAGUCACAGUGAUAAAGAUGUACAUGUAGAAAGGACUCCUAAGAUUAGUGAACCUAGCGAGGUCGUAAGUGAAUCUAAAAUUGAUGAAAAACCAGCAGCAGUGGUGGAGAAGACGCCCGAACCUGUCGAACCUGUGGAGAAAGUGCCAGUGGUUACGGAAGAAGAGACAGCUUCAGCUGAAGCAAAGAGUAAAUCUAAGAGACACAAAAAAGAUCUCAAUGAGAAAGGCAAGACGAAGGAGGGCACGGACAUGGACCUGUUCGUGGAGGAGGCGGCCACGGCUAAGCCUGUUCCCGUUGUGGUCCCGGAACCCACACCAGCACCAGUGACAGAAGUCAACAACGUCGACCAGAAACUGAAAGAUAAACCAGCGUUGACGGUCGAGAUAAACGUCGAGGAAUCAAACGAGGCGAAGGUGCAGGAGAAGAAUGAGAAAAACGACGUGAAGUCACACGAUGUUCCUGAGACAAAUAGCAAGAUUGGGAUGCCAAAGAAAGAUAAGUCUACGGACUAUGAUUAUAAGGAAGAAACGUUCAGUCCUCUCAGUCCAGAAGCCAAGAUGCACUACGAUAGAGAUUUCCUCCUCAGCCUGCAGUUCACGACGGGUUCAAAGUCAAAACCCGACGGACUCCCCAAACUCCCUGAUGUAAUCCUAGACCGGCCGCGACAGAUGGGCGACACCGGUGGCAGAUCACCGUUAAUCAAGCCUGGAUCCCAGCCAGACUUCACACCUGGAUUCAUCAAAUCGUCAAUCCCUGGACGAAUGAGCGGAGGUAGUGGUGGUGGCGGCAGUGGUCGUGAUGACCGAGGCCGCAUGGGUGGUAGCGGACGCCGUGGCUCGGAACAGGGCCGUAAAGAACCCAAGAAGAUCAUCCUAGAGUUGCCGCUCGCCCAUCAAAUUGAACUCCACCACGCUGAGAAUGCCUGGAAACCAUCCACAAAAACCGCAGAUGUUGCACUGACUCCUGAAGAACAGGCUGAACAGGAGGUCUACAAGGCUGUUCGUGCCAUCCUCAACAAGCUGACACCGCAGAAAUUCCAAGUACUUAUGAACCAGAUCCUGGAACUACAGAUCGAUACUGAGGAGAAGCUCAAAGGAGUUAUUGACCUUAUAUUUGAGAAGGCCAUCGAUGAACCCAACUUCAGUGUACCCUAUGCUCACAUGUGCAAACACAUGAUGAUCGUAAAAGUGCCGGCCAAGUCCCCAAGUAGUGGUAAACUAGGUGAUACCGUGUUAUUCAGAAAGUUCCUGCUCACACGCUGUCAGAAAGAGUUUGAAAAGGAUAAAGCCAACGAGUUGGAUCUGGCAACCAGACAGAAGGCCAUCGAUGAGGCCGAUUCAGAGGACAGGAAGAAGGUAUUGACGCUAGAAUUGAAUUAUGAAGCUGCCAAAUCGAAACGGAGAUCACUAGGUAAUAUUAGGUUUAUUGGUGAAUUAUUCAAACUAAAGAUGUUGACAGAACACAUCAUGCAUGACUGCCUCGUAAAGCUACUGCGCUCAAACGACGAAGAUAACCUAGAGUGCUUGUGCCGCCUCCUAACGACGAUCGGCAAAGACAUCGACCACGACAAAGCUAAGGUAAGGCAACCUAAGCCCCGGAUAGAUCAGUACUUCCAACAGAUGGACAAGAUCGUCAAACAGAAACGGACAUCAGCUAGAGUUCGUUUCAUGAUUCAAGACGUGAUAGAAUUGCGAUCAAGUAAUUGGGUGCCAAGACGUGACGACAAUAAGCCAAAGACGAUAGACCAGAUCCAUCAAGAAGUUCAGCGAGAGCGCCAAGAGGAGCAGUUCUUAAUAGCACAACACGCCUUGAACCCUCAACCUGUCUCGGCGAAGAAGAGAGGGCCACCUGGUGGAGGCCGUGGUCAAGCCGCCCCUAACUUUGGUCCUGCUCAGAAUCAAUCUGAAGAUGGAUGGAAGACAGUUAGCGCCAAAAAUACCAUUGAUCCUACCAAGAUGAAACUCAGCAAGCCUUCAGUAGAUGAAAACAGCAUCCAGUUAGGUCCUGGAGGUCGACCUGGGUUCUCCUGGGGACGGGGUAGCAGCGGCGGUUCCAAAAUGCAACAGAACCAGUCUUCGGGAGGAGAUUCAUCUGAACCACGUCCGUCUACGCCAAGUAACAGGUUCAGUGCCCUAAGCCAAGCUGAUGGUGGCUAUGAUUCCAGGGGGAGAGGUGCUGGACGAGGUCUUGGUCCCAGGCCUGACAGUAGAAGUCGCCAGCAGCAAGGGACGCCCGGACGCCACGACCGAGGCAAGAAUACGAGAAUGUCGCAGGAGUUGGAGAGGGAGCAGGCUAUCGCUGCUGUUAGGGUCAUGAAAGAUGGAAGGAGUCUUGCUCAGUCUCGACAGGGUUCUACGGGUCGACAAGGCGGCAGCCGCGAGGGGAGCCGAUCACGAGAAAACCGGGACGACAUUGAACCGAUCGAGGGACAGCGCGAACCCGAGCGACAGAAACCUGCCGUCGUUCAAUUGUCUGAUGAGAAUAUGGAGAAGAAGGCUAAGGCUAUUAUUGAUGAAUAUCUACAUUUACAGGACAUCAAGGAAGCUAUGUUGUGUAUCUCAGAACUAGAGGAGCAGAAGAACAUUCAUGUGUUCGUGACGGCAACGAUAAACCACGUGUUGGAGAGAUCUGAGAAGGCAAGGCAGCAGGCUGGCCAUCUUCUUCAUGACGUCGUCAAAGGUGGUCUGAUCACUGUCGCUGAUUACCUCAAAGGAUUAAAUGAAGUGUUAGAAUAUGCUGAAGACAUGGAAAUCGACAUCCCCAAAAUCUGGGCGUAUUUUGGGGAAUUGAUCGGCCCCAUGGUCCACGACGGUAGCGUCCCAAUGGUCUUCCUCAAAGAUGCCUGCAAGCCGCUCCACGGCCGUAAAGCCGGCGUGUUAGUAGCUGCCAUAUUACACGACGCCAGCCAUAGACUAGGUCAUAUAAAAGUAGGUGAACUGUGGCGACAAUCGAAGCUGCAGUGGACCGAUUUCUUAGCUCCUUCAGAUGACUUAGAGAAGUUCCUUCAAGAUAAUAAAUUAGAAUUCACCGUUGCCUCCCGCGAGCAGCACGUAACACGGUCGUUGUCUAUAGAGAACAUAAUGGACCAGCUUCAAGAGUUAUUAUCAAAAAAGAGUGCUGACAAUGAAGAGGUGUUUGACUGGAUAGAGGCCAAUGUGGGGGAGGCAAAAGCAAAGGAAGCCAAAUUUAUCCGUGCCUUGAUGACAGAAGUGUGUGCCAGUGCCAUUGAAGGAUCUGGUGCGACUUCAAAACUCGAUGAUACAUUGCUGAAGAAGCGCUCUGUGGUGUUACAGAAGUAUUUAGACCAUCAAGCUGAUUUAGAAUUGCAAGCUCUCUAUGCAUUACAGGCAUUAGUCAAUAGUUUAGAGCAUCCUCCAGGUCUAAUGCAGAUGUUCUUCGACACGUUGUACGAUGAGGACAUCAUUUCAGAAGAUGCAUUUUACACAUGGGAGACGUCAACCGACCCUGCCGAGCAGGAGGGCAAGGGUGUCGCUAAGAAAUCUGUGGUUCAGUUCUUCACGUGGCUCAAAGAAGCUGAAGAAACCGGGGGCGAUGACAGUUAGCAUUUGUGAUCUAGUGUUAGAUAAUGAUAUUUUAUAUAAAGAUAUAUAAAUUGUCAGUCUGGGCUCCUAAGAUGAUUUCUGCACGGUUGUUUUGAGAAGUUAUCGGGGAAAAUUGAGUCUUUGUCGUUCUUGAAUGAUGGGGUGUUAUUAAUCAUGCUGAAUCCUUGUUUCAUACGUGGCCUCGUUCCUUGGGAACAAAUUUAACCUGUUGAGACUUGAAAGUUCCAAGUCUUACAGUGGCUUCUGGUGUGUGGAAGUAGGGGAAUUCUUGUCUUUCUUGCUAUGGUCAGAAUACGUGACUCCCUCAACGCCGGAGCAAUGAAUACUUGCUGUCGUCUUAGAGAAUCUCUGUAUUGUUCCAAUAUUUAACUUAACAUCUGAUAGUCACAAUGGAUGGCUGUCAGUUUUCUCAAGACUGCUGAGUUUGUAGGAGUGAUCUUAGGAGCCCGAUAAGAUGUUCAAUAAACACAUGGCAGUUGUUGGGCUGUGUACAUCAUGCUGUGUAUAUAUGUAUGAAGUGGGUUGUCAUACACAUUGCUUUGCCUUGUCUCCCAAAGGGCCAGCCACACGGAAGUCUUGAAAAAUAUAGGGUAAUUUUUUGGUGCCGCUUGUAUUUUGAGGUAAAAGUGAUUCUCUAUUAAAAAUAUUGAUCAACUAGUUGUUAACAUGUGAAAACUUACUUUGGUCAUGUUAUCAACUUGGGAAAAGAAGUUCUGAGCAUUUCCCUUGAAGCUUAAGUUAGGCUAAACAGGCCAGUGCUUCGACCAGUGUCAUUGAGAUAGUCAGUUUGAUUCAGAUUAAGAGGGACCUGCUUGAACUUGGGCUAUGGCCUAAAAGGUGACUUGAAAAAAAAAGCUGUUUGGAUGGUCGUUGGGGGUAUGAGGUGUUUGCUUGGGGUCAGCGUUGGUUGAUAAGAUCAUUACAUGUGGAUCCAUCAUCAUUCACUAAACUGUGAGCUGUCAUUGAAAUAAGAUUUUUGUUUGUCUUCGAGAUUAUAUGCUGUAAUAGUUUCAUGUUUGUUCAGGUUGAUGCGAGAUUUUGCUCUUACUGUUGUUGUUGUCAAAGUCGAUCACUAGCAUAUGGUUGGAGUAUGCAAUCAUCAAGUCUGAAUUGCCGAAUGAUUUCUUUUUUGGAAAUGCUAUACCACAAUAUCCUUAUUUGCAAUUUACAGAGCGAGAAUGACGGAUAUAUUAGGCUAGCUGCAAUUGAAAAAUUAACUAGUGCAAAGGCUUGAAACCUAUUGUAUGUUUUGGUUCUAAAGCCUUUAUAUGAUGCAUUGUUGCCAACUUCCCAGGAAUGGCGAAUUUACCAAAGUAUAAAAAUAUGGCAAUUGUCUCGUAAAGAUUUCUCGUCAACAGUGCAAAUCUCUGUCAACCAGGGUGGGGGAUUGUAACUCUGUUACAGUUUGAUAGUCUCAACUGUUCGUGUGCAUCUAUAUUUGUCUUCUAUUCUAUUUGGCUGUGUAAAGUGUUAAACCCUGUUGAGAUAUUUAAUCCAUUGGACGUGCAGCUGUUAAACAGCAACUGGCAUGGCCUGCUGUGGCUGUGAGGUAUGGAAGUGGUAGCCCCUGUCCAAACGUCGCUUUUGGGAGAGUGCUGGUCAAAACAACAGAAGUCUGUUUCCAGUUUACCUUGGCCCGGUUGCUCAGUCGUCCUUAGCUGUAAUGUUGGCAUUAAGUCCUAAAACUACUAUUGUAAAUGAAAUUUACUGAAGGAUUUAACGCUUAGUUGAGUUACAAUGCUGACAUUUGCCUCCUACACCGAAUGAGCAACUCGGCCCGGUGCCCUCUGCCCACAGGUGGCUGCUGCAUCCAAUUCAACACCUCAAGUCAGAGGUAAGGCCCGACGUGGCUUAUUGCUGUAGCAUAUUUAGAAAGUUGCAGUUUUGCCUCGAGUAUAAUUUUAUUUGCCAGAGAUAGGAAUUCUCAGCCAAGUACAUGUAUGAAACUGUUCUGCCACAUAUGUUUAAAAGCAGACAGUUCCUGAAUAUUUCACAUAUGUAUGUUGAUGAAAAAGGCUGGUACCAUUGAUGUUAAGUGUGGGUACGGUAGUUCUAUUACAAUUUCAUUAUUAUUAUACUUUGAAAAUGCCUGGGUUCUGAUAGUGGGUGAGGAAAAUGUUGGUAGCCCUUGAAAUCUCCUCGAUGGUCCCAAAGAUAGGCCAGUUUUAGAACGAUGCUUCAGUCAUGUUCAACAAAUUUCAUGAGGGAAUAUUUUCAGAAGCUUGGCCGCAAGAACUCUGACUGUAUUUUGAAUAUUGUGUUUUGUAAUGAAUAUGAUGAUGAUGAUGACGAUGAUGCAUGUAUAAUGAGUGACGAUGCUGCACAUGAACUCUGAUACCAGCUGGUUGAACCAGUCGCUGCCUGCCGGAAAAAGGUUUGACACCAGACAGCGCCUGGAGAAAGAUUUUCCAGGUGGUAGGUUGAUGUAAAGAACCUCAAAAUUGGGAAGGACAAACAGAUUUCUCUCUUAUUUUGGUUCUCAUUUUGGCUACAGUAGCAGGUGGUCAUGCGGUUGUAAAUGUGUUUGUUCAAACUGACAUGUCUAGCUGUACAGCUGUGCACUGUUAUCUAGUUUAUUUGUAGGAUAAACAACGGGCGAAGGGAAGAAAUUUGGCUGGCGCAUUCAUGCAUGUGAUUAUGAUAUAUUUGUCAUGUUUGGAGAAAUGCAAAUUGCCACUGUCGGGAGCUGUUUGUUUUGACAUCAGCACCAUUAACUUGAGUGGACAAAUCUGUCAAUGUCUAUAGGUUUGGGAAAUUAACAAAGUCCUUGAAGGAUCUGGCAUGUGUGGGCCUAUUUCUUCACCGCCAAGUAAUUUUGUUUAUUUUUUUCAUUUGAUUUAGAGAACUAUUGUUAUUGUUGACUGAUUUUGACCAGUUUAUUAUUUAUUUGAUGUAAAUAUCAAUAGGGCGUUUAAAAAGCAUAGCAGUUUACUCACGAAAAUUUGUGGAGAAAGUGUCACUUUUGUUUAAAGCGAAGCAUGCUAUUGGAAAGGUUCUGGCAAGGAUAACAUCUUGGCUGAAAAAAAGUUCAUCCUAGUUAUUCAAGGCUGUUCAGUUUGUUGACCAGCGAAUUGGCAGCUUGUUGGUACAUGCGUCUACAAAACUGGUAUUUUCUUCACUUAACAAAUCAUUGCAUUGUUUGUACGGAAAAACGUGGAAGUGAAACAUGCCACAUACAGCACUGAAGCAGAUUUUCAUUCAAUUCCAGCUUUAAAAAAGUAGAUGAAGAACUGAAUAAGUUUAAAAUGUUCUUUGUUUUUGUCUACAAAAAAAUUCGCCAGCUGUCUAAUGAGAGGUGGCAAAAAAUUAAAAAGAUUGGUGACAUCGUCUUCAGUGCUUUCAGAAUUACAGAGAUGAAAAUUAUCUUUUGGUUGGUGGGUUGUGCAGUUGGUCCAGUUCUAUUGGCAGGGGCCUAAAAAAUGUACUAAUUGAAGUUGCAAUGUUUUUGGGACGCCCUGUUUUUGAAAUAUAGAAAGUCGGUUGUACGUUUUGAAAUAUUCAUAAAAGUCACUCAUGCGCUGGCUGUAAAAAUUGCUAAUUGGCACAUUUAGCGUCAUCUAUACCCUGGAUUCGGGCAGUGUAGCACUUGACCGUAGUCAUAUUUUUCAAGGUCAUUGUCAGAGAUUUUAAAAUCCUGUGGCAGUCUUUUUAAUAGGGGAUAACUUUUAGGGUCGAUGUUUUUUUUUUCUAAUUAAAAUAUUGCAGCUGGUGAGGGUUUUUAAGCAUGAAGUAUACGAAGUUUGUAUAAUCUCAAUAAAUUCUAAGUUACGGUUAAUUCUGUGUAACUCUCAGUGCCUCACUGUAAGGAGUGUCCUUCAGCCCUUAUCCAGGUGAAUAGUUGGUGUUCACGAAAAAAAAUAGUAGAAUUUUUAGAAGAAAACGUUCAAGAAAAGAAAAAAUAAGCUAAAAUGUGAAAUUUUAUUGUAUGUAUUCACUAAAACAUAUAGUCUAGGUUGGUUUUGAAUAUGGUGCGCAAGGUGUAUUUUCCAUGGUGGCCAGACAGUCAUGUGUCCAGACUUUUUACGAAAAAGUGGAGUUGGGAAAAGUAUUUUGAAUGAAAUGAAUGAAUGAAUGAAUAUAACAAUUUCUAUAGCGCCUGAAUUAAAAGAAAAACUUAAAUUCUCAGGCGCUUUACAAAGCAAAACACUCCCUGAAAAGGUGUUGUUUCAGGAGAGUUUUGAAAAUGUCUAUGGAACCAGCAAGCCUGAUGUUGGAAGGUAGCUGGUUCCAUAGAACCGGUGAUGACUUGACUUUGCACCAGAGAAGUACUCAUAAAUUGCACAGAGAGUUAGUGCAGUGCAUUCGUCAUAUUUCAACUAUAAUAUGUGACCCGCUCUACCAAAACUAGGCGCUUGUCGCAUCUGAACUCGACAGGUUGAUACGGACUUGUUGUUCAUUUCCCUAUUGUAGACCUUUUGUGAAAUCUAACGAAUUUACGUCUGUCUGCACAUGCAUCUGUUGGUUACCAUGGAAACGUCCUGCAGAUGGUGACCAUGUUCGUUCGUCGUCUCCUGCAUCUGUCCCAUUUGUGUUGGUUGGACGCCACAGAGAAUUAGCAAAAAUCCAGUGGUGCUAUUUAGUUCGCAGUUAUUUUCCUUUAUCCGUGUUCGUCCUAGCUAAAUUAGAAGGAUCAUGGCUAAAAUCACAUCACAUAUUCAACUGCCUACAUUGUAUUCCGAUAUAAACCUUCAGUAAUUUUUUCACCAAAUAUUAUAAUUGGGUACAUAUGAUGUAAUUUGAUAAGAACCAGCCCGUAUUGUAUAAGUUGAACAGUACUUCUGUUUUUGUACUGUUUCUGUUGAUACAUGCAUGUUUUGUCUUUAUCAUGUGUCUUUGUGACCAAUUUUCAUGCAUUGAAUAUGUAUCAUUGAAGUUUGAUUGUUAAAAUGCUCUUGGAGUGUUUUGGUAUGGUGGCUAUGGUGUUGCCAUUGACACAUUGUUGUCAUGGUGAUGUCAUAGCAACCAUGGUAGGGUUGCUAUGAUGUUGCUGUGGUGCUGGCAUAGCAACCUUGCCAAAAAGGGUGGAAACUCACCAAAAAAUAAAAACUGUCGCUAAAACCUGUAUAGCAACUUUCCUAUUGUGAAGCAGUUUGCAAAGAAAUGUGCUGCAGUGUCUGAAUGCUCAUGGCAUUUGUUGAGGAGAAUAAAAGAUAGCGACAGCCAGGGUGGUUUGUACUGUAAUCAUAGAUAAUCAACACGCCCUGGUAGAAAACUGAUAAAUCUUUGAACCUGAUGAACGGAUGUAAAUAAAACUUGUAAGGUUUCAA